AUGUUUAUGCGACCAAAUGUCGGUGGAAAAUUCCAACCAACCUCUUUGUUGGAUAUAUACUUUCAUUUUAACUUGAACAUUAAUGCCAAAUUGGUGGGUAUACAAGGGUGUCAAAUAAAUGAAACAGCUUUUGACACAGAUUAUCUAUUGUUAGAAUUG